AUGGCUGAGCCAGAGACUGGUCAGGCACGCCAAAACCGGCCCCAGACCGAGGGUCAAGGGUCAGCAUCAGGUUCUCGAGGAGGCUCACGAGGAGGACGUCGCAGAGGAAGAGGAGGACGUAAGCGACCGGACGCCUCUGCACAGGGUGGCAGAAAUGCUACCCAGGUAGAGUCUGCAGAUGCCGCUGUUGCAUCCACAACGGCCCCAACAGGCCCAGCAGCUUCUGCUGCACCCGAAAGUUCGGGAGCUUCCAGAGGCAGACGAAACCGACGAGGUAACCGAGGCGGUUCUCGUGGACAGGGAGACCAGGGAAGAGGCGUGUUCUCGAUGGGACCGAGACGCCAGUUUGGUGGACGUUUGACGACAACCGAAUCGGCAGAUGCAGUCGCCCAGGAUGCAUCUUUGAGUGCCAACGCUCCGGAAUUUGUGCCUGGGCAAGCUGUUCCUCAAAGAAGUAAUCGACAACAACCUCCAGCUGAAUCUCAGAAUGGACCUCAGCCCCGCUCAAGAGGAAAUCGGACAAGGAACCGAAAGCAGGAUAGACCUCGCCAAGAGGUCCCCAAGUCCACGGCCUCUGAGCUCUGGCAACGGAUCCAAGAGGAUAUCGCCAAUUGGAACUACGAAUGUCGUAUUUGUACGGAAGAAGUUACUCGCAAAACCGAGGUCUGGUCUUGCACCACUUGCUGGACAGUUGUCCAUCUCGAAUGCGCCCAUCAAUGGUGGGAUACUUCCAUGAAAGUUAACGAAGAAAGCGGCGACAGAUCAUGGCGUUGCCCUGGAUGUAAUUCAACUUUGACCGACGAGCCAGGCGAUAGUUCGUGCUGGUGCGGCAAAGAGAUGAACCCCAGCCGGAACAGCAUCCUACCACCUCAUUCGUGUGGUCAAACCUGCUCCAAAUCCAGGUCGACGUGCUCCCACCCAUGUACUCUUCAAUGCCAUCCCGGCCCAUGUCCGCCAUGUACUGUUCUGAGUCCGCCAGAACCGUGCUACUGUGGAAAGAAUUCUCAGCGAAAGAAUUGUAGGGAUACUGAUUAUUACAACGGAUGGAGCUGCCGAGAGCUAUGUGGCGAUCUGUUACCCUGUUCGCAACACGAGUGUACCCAGGUAUGCCACCCGGGCGUUUGUGGUACUUGUGAAGUACCUGUCCAAGCCAAGUGUUACUGUGGACGAGUCGAGAAGGAGAUGAGAUGCUCUAAACAGGACGACCUGUGUGAUUCUUAUGAUCCAACCAACGAUUCUUGGUUCGAAGGCUCCUUCAGCUGUCAAAAUGCCUGUGGAAGAACCUACGACUGCGGUGCUCACAGCUGCCAGACAUCCUGUCACCCACAAGAUGAGAAGCCAGCUCAUUGUCCAUUCUCCUCAGAUGUUGUCAGCCAUUGUCCUUGUGGCAAGACACCACUCAAGGACCUCAUGGACCACCCACGCCAAUCCUGCGAGGAGCCUGUUCCUCACUGUGAGAGAAUAUGUGAGAAGGCCUUGCAAUGUGGACAUCUUUGCUUGUCAGUGUGCCAUACUGGAGACUGUGCCCCUUGUACACAGGUGAUGGAAGUUGACUGCCGCUGCGGCCGGGUCACCGGUGAGACGAUGUGCCAUGAGGGAGACAUCCAGCACCCAUUGUGUUUCAGAAUUUGCCAAGCAACUCGUAACUGUGGACGACAUCGAUGCGGAGAUCAUUGUUGCCCAGGAGAAAAGAAGGCCUCCCAGCGCAUCGCCCAGCAGAAGAAGCAGCGCCUUGGCCCCGAAUCACUUCCCGUCGAGGCUGAGCACAUAUGUGUUGAGACAUGUGGAAGACCGCUGAAAUGCGGCAGCCACUUUUGCGAGCAGCUCUGCCACCGUGGAGCUUGCCAGAGCUGCCCUGAAGCAAUUUGGGAAGAGAUUAGCUGUAACUGCGGUGCGACAGUUCUGCACCCGCCUCAGCCGUGCGGUACACGUCCACCUGCUUGCACGAACAAAUGCACACGCCGACCCGCCUGUGGUCAUCCUCCUGUUGAUCAUCAGUGCCAUCCUGACGACGUGAGCUGCCCCCCUUGUGUCUAUCUGGUCGAGAAGAGGUGCAUUUGUGGUAAGACCAACUUUCACAACAAACCGUGCCAUCUCCAGCAAGUACACUGCUCUGAGGUCUGCGGUCAGAAUCUCAGCUGUGGACUUCACACCUGCAAAAAGUUAUGCCAUCGCCCGGGAGAAUGCGGAGACGCACGAAAUGGCUGUGAGCAGAUCUGUGGAAAGACAAAGCUCCUCUGCAACCAUCCAUGCCAGCUCCUCUGUCAUAGCCAGAGCGCGUGCAAAGAAUCUACAGCCUGUCAGGUAAAGAUGUAUGUCAGUUGCCCCUGUGGUAACCAUAAACAAAACUUCAAGUGCUUGGCAAGCACAAGUAAUCCAGUCCCAAGUCGCCCAGAGCUUCGAUGUGACGAGGAAUGCGAGCGUCUCGAUCGCAACCGCCGCCUUGCUGCGGCUCUCAAUAUCGACCCGGCGUCCCACACUAACGAUCACAUCCCAUUCUCGGACGAUACCUUGAAACUUUACAAGUCAUUUGUAUCCUGGGGCGAUGCACAGGAGAGCCAGUACCGAGUCUUUGCUGCGAACAAGGACGAAGUUCGUUUAAGAUACGAACCCAUGCGUAACCAGUCCCGUCAGUUCCUUCACCUACUUGCCGAAGAUUUUGGCUUUGAGAGUAAGAGCGAGGAUUUCGACAUCCACAGAUCCGUCGUUGUCUGGAAGACGGACAAGUUUGUAUCGGCUCCAGCGAAGACACUGGCUCAGUGCGUGAAGAUAAGAGCCGCCCAAGCUGCCGAAGCAGCAGCUACGGCAGCAAUCCGUCCACCCAGCCCACCAGUCCUGGAGACCGAGCCUUUCAAUGCAUUGGUUCUCACAGAGCCUCGAUUCGGGUUGACAAUAGAAGAAGUCAAUACCGCUCUUGCACCGGAUUUGUCAUCACUACAGGGAUUCUCCUUCAAGGUUGACUUCCUCAACGAAGAGGUCCUCAUCAAAGCCUCAGUCUCAUACUCCGCCUUUCUCACGCCCGCCCCUAUGGAAAAGAGUCUCGAAAUUCUCAAACCCCGUAUUGAACAGACGAUCCGACGCGAGAAGCUCGCUGACGGCGUCCUGCUCUGCCACUCGGAUGUAAACGGUGCUAUCACCCGCCGAGAGGUGCUCCGCCGCGCUGGCGCCGGAGGAUGGAGCGCCGUGGCUGGGCGAGCCGCAUCGAAGCCUGGGUCAUCGUCCUCUACGCCUGCGCCCGACGAGGCCAAGCCGGGACGCAGGCUGCUUCUUGGGCUCAAGAAGAAGAAGCCGCAGCCGGAGGCGGGUAAGGUAUGGGCUGCUCUUGACGGGGAUGUUGAAUGCUAG